CAGUAUCUAAAAAUAGAUUUUAUGAGAAAAAUUGUUGGACAUCGGAACUUUAGGGAAAUUACAAGACUCUCAAUAUGCCAUACGAUCUAGAAAAAUUGUUCGGUUACCCAGUACUGGUCCAUGCAGUUGCAGGAGCUGUGGGUAUGGCCACAUCUAUGAUUGUCUUCUAUCCGCUCGACACAGCGAGGACAAGAUUACAAAUUGAUGAUCAAAGGAAGGCCAAAUCCACUCCUGCCGUUAUUGCCGAGAUAUUUAAAGAAGAACGAUUCUUGGGUCUCUACCGAGGCGUUUUUCCGCUCCUAACAACUAUCACAACGUCUUACUUUGUGUACUUCUAUGUCUACAAUGGUUUGAAAGCAGUUGCAUUCUACGAUAACAGCAAACCUGGUGCUAUCUCAGAUCUCGGAAUUGCAUUUAUAGCAGCUUGUAUCAAUGUACUGGCCACCAAUCCUCUGUGGGUUGUGUACACAAGGUUAAAGAUGCAAGGAGCCAAGUUCAAAACAAAGGAGUUGGAAAAGAAGAAAAUGCCAUUGUAUACAGGGAUUCUAGAUGCACUCCAGAAGGUGUGGAAAUUAGAAGGCUGGUCCGGUCUGUGGAGUGGAACCCUUCCAUCACUCAUCCUUGCUGCCAACCCAGCCAUACAGUUUAUGGUCUAUGAAGCCCUCAAAAGAUACAUGCAGGGGUUCACUAGACAAGCGGAGUUGAAUGGUGCAGUUUAUUUUUCCAUCGGUGCUGUGGCAAAAGUUGUGGCCACGUUGGCGACUUACCCCUUACAGUUAGUGCAAUCUAGAGUGCGGUCUGGCUACAAUGAAAAGAGCUCGGCAAGUCUGCGAAUGGUGCUUGUUGGAUUGUUACGUAAAAAUGGCAUCCUUGGUCUAUUCAAGGGCCUUGAAGCCAAACUCCUGCAGACUGUACUUACGGCUGCCCUGAUGUUCCUCUGUUACGAGAAGAUUGCUGCCUUCAUCUUCAAAAUAAUGGGCCAGCCACAACUAAUUGGAAAGAGGUAGAAGUGGCUAGAAGGAGGAGAGGACUGUACUCUUUCAAUAUCAGUAUGAAAUAGAAUACAUGGAUUGUCCUUUUCACCGUUGAGAAUCAGUGGCCAUAAUUCCACGGUGUUCAUAUAUAGGAAAUUAGAUUUCCAUCCAAGAAGUUUUAAGACUUAGACAGCAAGCUGAAAGUAUGGUGUAUGAACAACUAAAUAUACAUUGCCCUUUACACAGUAGAGAGAUGUUAGGCUUUAACACAGUAUGUAAAUUGUACUUAGGUCAUGCUUUGUUCAUUGUUGGAUUUGUUUUCCAAUUCGUCUUCUUUCGACAGUAUGUUAUCUGAAUUGUUAAGUUUUUGUCAGUAUUGGCUUGAUAUUGGAUCAGUUGGUUCCAAGUACUUCCGAUUGUGGUGCUGAUUCUAUAUUCUAAAAGCCCUAGGCCCUCGUACAGGGCAUCUGCUGUUAACUAAGUGAAUGGAUGCGUGCAAGAGACCGGUGACCCAUACUGUUGGCAAAUGGAAUUUGUUGGUACCAUUUAGUUUAUCUGAUUGCCCUCUAUGGACUAAACUCAAAAGCAUUGCUGAAUGUGGUACCAGUCUUGAAACAAGUGAUGGGCCUAAUACAGCAGUUACACUGGAAGGAAGAACCUGAUAAGUACAAUGCUUAAUCCAUUAGACUGUCAUUGUCGCCAAUAUUUUGACCUGGUGCAAAAACCCAUUUUUCUCAAAAUGAAGUGGAGUUCAUUCUUUCUUGUGCUCACCCCUUCAAUUGUCUGUGCAUUAAAGUGUGUUGGAUCUUGUGUUGCCAAUAAAAUGUAUCAAUAAAUAUAGAGACUGAAUGAACUUGUGUAAGAUGUGAUGUGGUCAAUGUCCGGCUAAUAUCAAUGAAGCCUACCUGUUUUGUUUCAAAAUUAUAUUUUGUAUUCCAGUGACGGUGAAACACUGUUGUUUAUUUUAAUGGUAGUGGAAAUUGUGUAAUAAAAGUAACUGAAAAGUGA